CGCUCUUAAAGCGAACGUCAGGGUUCAAGCAGGCGGAACCCAAACAGACAGUUCUCUGUUCCUGGAGGAACUUUUAAGCUACAUUAUUGUGAAAGCGGUGUCAGUUAACGUGUUGUGGCGGUGAACAGGUCCGUACAUUCACCUCCUGAAGCUGUUUAUAACCUGCAGGCGGACAUGGUCUCCACCAUCCAGAACACCGACGUGAAGCAGAAAGACGCUGAUCGUGCGGUGGUUGUUGCGGUAACGUCUCGCGCAGUGUUUGAACCUGGACCUGAUGAUGGUGAUGACGUGUACGGAGAGGGCGUGGCCUUCCCUCUGCUGCAGGCACUCCAGAAAGUGAAUGGACGUCUGCUGGAGGCAAAUCCUGCUGAGUCGCUGCUGUUUGAUGUCGUCCUGAUCACCACAGACAGCCAGCAACAGCAGCAGAGCUCCCGCAUCAUCAGCAGCACCAGACAUUACGGUCUGGAGGUCAGCAGGUUCUGUUUUUCCAGCGAGGAGGAUUUUAUUGAAAGUUUACAGAAUAAUAAUGUGCAGCUCUUCCUGACGACCAACGGAAACGAGGCACCGCAGGCGUCACAGGGAGGUGUCCUGUCAGCCCUGCUGGACCGGCAGAUCGCGUUCUGUCCGUCAGAGCAGCUCAGAGUGAUGUUCUGCGGGGACGCCGUCAUCCGGCCGGACGCCGGCCCGACGCCGCUGAGCCGACGGGCCGCUCAGAGUUUCUCGGCUCAGCUGGGCGAGAUGCAACAGAGGAUCGGCGUGUUCGGCAGCCCUCUCAGCGUCGUCCUGGUGACGUCGCGUGGCGGCAGGGACAGCUGUGGCGAGGCCUUGCGGACGCUGCGGUCCCGUGGAGUGAGCGUGGACGAGGCGUACUGCCUGGCCGGGGCCCCCCGUGGCCCCAUCCUGUCCCUCCUCCGGCCUCACUUCCUGCUCAGUGACGGCUUCAGCUGCCUGGAGGAUUGAUGACAUCAUGAUGGGAUGUGCUGUCACGUGAGCCUACAGAAAACCUCGCCGUGUCUUCGAAACAAGCUGCUAAAUCCUCACACUGAACACAAAGUUAAACACCUGUUUGCACCAAUCAGCUCACUGAGCCUUAAAGAGCCAAUCAGUGAUCCUGAUGUGAAGCCCCGCCCACCAUCAAAACUCAAACCGCUGGAUUGGACGCUGUUUCACAGAAGUAAACUGGCUGUAUCUGGUUUUUGACAAACAUUUUGUUUGUUGUUUGUUUCAAAUUUAGCUUUCAAGUUGUCUGAUAUAAAUCAGCAUGUAUGUAACCCUGACAGUCCAGAAGGGGGCAGUCUAACCCCGACACGUCACAGAAAUCUGAUGAUGUUAAUGUGAGUUUGUAAAUUCGGCACUAAAAUGAACACUUACUGUGUUUGACCUUUGACCCUGAACACUGGGACUGCUGAGCAGAGGCUGUUUGUCUUCUUUGGUUUCAUCUUUUUUCCUCGUCUGUUACGUUUUAUUAUCUGGUUUAAGCUUGUCCACGUCCUUUGCUGCUCCAGCACUUAGUUUUAGACCAGCUCCGUCGUGUUUGGAUCAGGAUUAAGUUUAACGGGCUCCUACAGGCAUUUAGCCCCUCAUGUCCCCCGAUCGUGUCCCUGUCACGUCUACAUUGUUUUUCAAAUGUCAACAGGAAGUGUUUUAGUCAGUAACAGAUUACUUUACUUUACUGGUUUUAACCCAGACCGCCUAAACGCCACACAAAGCUCUGUUUGUUAGAGACAUUAUGGAGCCCUUGAAGUGUCAAUGAUAAUGUUUUUUUGUGUGUGGUGCACACACGGGGUCUGUCCCAUGAUGCUACCACACCGACGGUAUCCGUAUGUAAAGAAUUAAAAACUGAAAGGGAAAUACAAUUUGUUUUGUUGCUGUGAUGCCUAAAGAAGACCAGCAGGUGGCAGCAGAGAGCUUCAGUCAGUAAAAACCAGAGUGUGCGACAGAAAGAGGAAGUUAAUAUUAAACAACAGAAUGCUAAUUAAACUAUCUUUCUACAUUAUGUGAUAUUUAAGAAGGUUGGGGAGGUGUCCUUCACUGAGUUGUAGAGUGUCUCUUUUCCCAUAAUGCAACACUCGGCAGAGAUGGAGUGGAUCUUGCGUUGGUUCCAGGUGGGCUUAGGAUUUCUUUAGGAAUCCAUGAGGAGGUCUAGUGCUCCUUCAGAGUAGAGAAGAGAUCCAUAUGUGAGAACAUUAUAGAUAAUAAAUGUAAUCAGAGCAACAUCCUGAGACAGAGCAGAUCCAGAGAAUCCAGCAGGUUCAUGUGAUCAUUUUCAAUCAUCAGAGGAUGUAAGAGAGACGACGGCUGAGCCGAUGUCGUCAGGAGCCAGCGAAUCAUCUCUGCCGCCACAGAUUAAAACAUGCUCAGUGGAAUGAAGCAGCCCAGCGUGGUGGUCUGGUGUGACACACUCUAAUGAUCUGGAGCAGAGAACACAUUGUUUUCAUUAUCCUGAGUGAGCUUUCUGAUGAAGGCUGCCAUCAUCAGCUCUGCCUCCUGAACACAAACACAUCUUCAAUUAGAGAGAAGAAACAUCCAGCCAGCUUCUUUUCUGCUGAUACCUGCAGGACGUUUCUCUUCACGGACUGACACAUCAGUGUCGGGGCCCCCAGGCUGGGAAGCGGUGCAUUAGGAUGAUGAAGACGUGUGUGGUUUGCAUGUCAGAGUUAUACAAACUGGAGUUAAAUGUCCUCAGCAGCCAGAAACAGAUGCAGCAUCAAGCCGGUUCACCGUCUCCACAGCGGCUGGAAGGUAACGACGCUGUCACACUACAUUAGAGGUGGAGAUGUGGAAUAUUCCUGCAGACAGACAGGAGGUGUGUCGACCUCAGCGCCGGCGUCCCCGGAGGUUCGGCUGACAUCACCGCUCAGGUGAUCCAUCAUCGCUGCAACAAGGCCUCAAAAUUAAAAAUGCACCUCAUGACCUUCAGAGCGGAGUCAGAUGAGACGAGAGAGCCCAGAUCAGCGCUGGUGGGGGGCCGUUCUGGAAGGCAGAGCGAGAAGAAUGAAGAGAUCAGACCAGAUUCUGCAAAAAUAAAAGCGGCAGAUGAGCAAAGAGAGAAAAACACAAAGUCAUUUGACCAUCGACCAGUUUGUGGCAUCAGCAGGGACUCAAAUCAGCGGUGGAAGAAGUAUUCAGAUCCUUUAGUACUAAUACCACACAGUGAAAAAGAAAAAGAAGACAUGAAGGAAAACUUCAUCCUUCAGUUUAUCCCAAACAUUCAACAUCAACACAUCUGGAGAUACGAGCUUUUCACUGAACAGGAAGGAUAUGACACACUGUAAUGUAAUGAGUAACUAGUAACUAAAGCUGCCAGACAAAUGUAGUAGAGUAAAAAGUUCAAUGUUCGUUCAGAUGUAGUGGAGUGGGCUCACAUACACAACAACAUCAUCUUCAGUCCUUCCAAAGAUGAAGGCGGACCGCUUUCUUCCUUCAGGUUCGGUUCUGGGAGGAGCCGAGUUGGUGGGCAGCAGAGAAAAGCUUAAAGUGAACAAGGCUGCAGCUGCCGACACGUGGUACAGCAACGAUCCUCCUCCUCUUUUCUUUGCUUUGCUCCUUCUGCUCUCAGCCACAGGCAGGAAGGUCAGGAUGGAGGGAUGUGAGGAGGAGGCGGAGGAGGAUGAAGCAUCUGUUGGAUCCUGAAGCAAACUGCGGGGCAGCGGCAGGAAAACCAAGUGACAAAUAUGUGAAAACAGUCUGACUGAGUGAGCAACACGGUGAAGGAAACCUUUAACCAACACAAAGUGGAGAAACAAAUGAGGCUCUGUGACCAACAUCUGGCAUCCACGACCAACAUCUGGCAUCCACGACCAACAUCUGGCAUCCACGACCAACAUCUGGCAUCCACGACCAACAUCUGGCAUCCACGACCAACAUCUGGCAUCCACGAGCAUUUCACACAUUUCUUAUUGACUAAAAAAUCUAAAUCAGAUCAAAGUUUGUUCCCUUCACAGCAGAUUUAACUGUGACUCUCAGAUAAUGGAUCUGUCUGCUGAUUGGCUCUCUCAUUGUGACACAUCACAGGCUGUGAACAUAAUGAAUCAUGUGCAAUAAUAAACAUAAGUGAUAAUAAAACUUAGUAAAAUAAAAAAAAAUAAAACAGGUGUUAAUUUCAUCCAAAAA